AUGGUGUCGUUCCCGCGCCUCUCUGAGUCGUUCUUUGGUGUGCCAGGGACAAACGCCACAUACGACUAUGUCAUUGUGGGCGGCGGAACGGCCGGGCUGACGCUCGCGACACGGCUUGCAGAGGCCAAUGCCAGCGUUGCUGUCGUCGAGGCCGGCGGCUUCUACGAGACGGACAACGGCAACCUCAGCGUUGUGCCUGGCUAUGCAACCUACUUCACGGGCAGCGAGCUGAAUAACUUCCAGCCAUUGAUCGACUGGGGCAUUGCCACAACGGAACAAGCUGCGCCGAUAUCACGAAGGCUUCAUUAUGCCCGCGGAAAGACACUGGGCGGCUCCAGCGCGCGCAAUUACUUCCUGUACCAGAGACCAACUAUCGACAGCAUGCAGAAGUGGGCGGACGAGGUGGACGACGACAGCUUUACCUGGGACAACAUGCUUCCCUACUUCAAAAAGUCCGUCAACUACACGGCCUUUUCCAACAGCUCCUACACCAACUCGUCCAACCUGCAGGACCCGGCAGCCUUCUCUCCAAGCGGAGGGCCCGUCCAGGUCUCCUUCAGCAACGCGGUGGAUCCCUUUGGAACCUGGGCACGACUUGCUUUUAUCAAGGCUGGCAUGCCUCAGAUUACCGGUCUCAGCAGCGGAAAGCUGAUUGGGUCUGCCUACGCUGCCCUGACGGUCGAUCCCACCAACGGACAGCGGUCCUCGUCCGAGUCUUCGUUCUUGCACGCAGCCAUCGACGCCAAAUUGCCUGGCCUGACCGUGUAUAAGAACACGUUCGCGACUCAAAUCCAAUUUGCAAGCAACAGCACCACCCUUGCCACCGGCAUCUCUGCCCUCACAGCAGGAACCUUCGGCACGGGCUCUGUCGAAUUCACCCUCACUGCCAGGAACGAGGUGAUCCUGUCUGCUGGCGCAUUCCAGUCUCCCCAGCUUCUGAUGGUCUCGGGCAUUGGCAACUGUACCGAGCUGGGCGAGUUUGGCAUCGAGUGCCGUCGCAACCUGCCAGGCGUGGGCAACAAUCUCUGGGACCAUCCCAUCUUUGGCUCUGCUCGUCGAGUCAAUGUCCAGACGGGGUCUGCCUCAGUCAACAACCCGAGCCUCGCAGCUACACUCGUGGCCGAGUACCUCAGCACAGCCGGCGGACCGCUCAGCAUCUUUGGUCCAGGCUACUACGGAUGGGAGAAACUACCCGAGCCGUACCGCAGCAACCUCACCAACAGCACCCGCGCGGCCCUCGACGCAGCCUUCCCGUCCGACUGGCCCGAGAUCGAGUGGCUCCCCGUCGCAGCCUACAACGGCGACAACGAGAACAAGCAGACUGCCGAUCCUAAGGACGGGCACAACUAUGCCACCAUCAACGCCUGCCUGGUCGCGCCUCUGUCCCGCGGCACCGUGAAGCUGGCUGGACCCGACAUGCUGACCCUGCCCGAGGUCAACCCGGGUUGGCUCUCCAGCCCUGCGGAUCUAGACCUGUCAGUGCAGGCCUUUAGGCGCCAGCGUGCCAUCUGGGACUCUCUGGCGGAGAUGGGCGUUGCCGACACCGAGGAGGCUUAUCCUGGUUCGUCUGUGCAAACCGAUGACGAAAUUAAGGCGUGGAUUGGGGAGAGCAUGACCACGGUGUACCACGCCAGCGGCACCUGUAAGAUGGGCGUGGCCACGGAUGCGUCUGCUGUGGUGGACAGCGACGGUCUCGUCUUUGGGUUCGAGAACCUGCGGGUGGUGGAUACGAGCGCCAUGCCCUUCUUGACUCCUGGCCAUCCGCAGAGUGUUGUCUAUGCCAUGGCUGAAAGGCUGGCCGACGUCAUAUUAGAUCAGAACUGAUGGAUACCAUCUACGAUGGAUCAUGCCUGAAUAACACAUAUCUUAUUCUUC